AGGACACAGUCACAGACCGAGAUAGAAAGAUGGAGCACUAGACGGAAAGAGAAGGGAAAAUAUAGAAAUUUAUAGUAAACAAAAGACAGAGAAAGCACAUACCUACAAAAAGAAAAGCAGGGAUAAGAGGUGUGACACACUGUCCGGCAGUUUAGUCUGGUCUUGGUACGAUCAGUUCACCUGCUUGACUAUCUCAGAUAAAAGGACUUUUUUUUCACUACAUUUUUAAAUCAAUUUGAUCGAAUGCAACGCUGCGGAUAUGUACACCUCUGGCUGCUGGGGUCAGUGUUACUGAUCUGCCUUAUCUCAGGGGUCACAAGCGUGAAAGGGGACGUGGCGCUACUGCAUCAAGAGUCCCAUCUGAAGCCACUGUCUGAGUUCAAAUCGAACUUGAAUCAGACUGAACAAGGCAAUGGCUCCAGGGUCAUCACAGGAAUAUCCAUCGUGACCUUUAAGUGGAACCAUGUUAAGACCCCUUACCUAGUUGCAUUAUGGAUAUUGGUGGCUGUUUUGGCUAAAUUGGUCAUCGAGUCCUUCCCUAGUGUGACUAAUGUGAUCCCAGAGAGUGCCUUGCUCAUCUGCUUCGGCUGGAUUCUGGGUGGGAUCAUUUGGGCUGCAGACCUUCAGCAGACCUUCUCGCUGACCCCAACAGUCUUCUUUUACUUCCUGUUGCCUCAAAUCAUCCUGGACGCGGGCUACUCCAUGCCAAACAAGCUCUUCUUUACCAACUUGGGGGGCAUCCUGCUCUACGCCAUCUUGGGGACCGUCUGGUGUGCUGCCACCCUGGGGCUGUCGCUGUGGGGGUGUCAGGCGGGAGGAGCCAUGGGUGCUUUGGACAUCGGUCUGCUGCAGUAUCUUCUCUUCGGUAGUUUGAUUGCUGCUGUGGACCCUGUAGCCGUCCUCGCUGUGUUUGAGCAAGUCCACGUCAAUGAGGUCCUCUUCAUCAUGGUGUUUGGAGAGUCGCUGCUCAACGAUGGUGUGACAGUGGUGCUCUUCAAUGUAUUUGAUGCGUUUGUGAAAUUGGGAGGACCCAGAAUAAAUGCUGUGGAGAUCAUUAAAGGGAUAAUUUCCUUCUUUGUGGUGGCGUUCGGUGGUUCCCUCGUGGGCUUAGCGUUUGGACUGCUGGUCUCUUUACUGAGUAAAUACACUAAAAAUAUCCAGAUCAUUGAGCCAGGCUUUAUCUUCGUCUUGGGAUACCUCUCCUACCUGACAGCUGAUAUGCUCUCCCUGUCUGCCAUCCUUUCGGUCACCUUCUGUGGUGUUAGCUGCCAGAAGUACCUCAAUUCAAACAUGGCUGAGAGCUCUGUCAACACAGUCAGAUAUGUCAUGAAGGUUUUCGCAAAUGGAUCAGAAACCAUCAUCUUUGUGUUCCUCGGCAUUUCGGCCAUUGAUAAGACAAUCUGGGUGUGGAACACGGGCUUCGUCCUCCUCACGCUCUUCUUCACCCUUGUGUAUAGAUUCAUCGGUACCUUUAUCCAAACCUGGUGGCUUAACCAGUACAGGCUGGUCCCUAUUGCGUUCAUAGAUCAGCUGAUUAUGAGCUACGGUGGCCUGCGAGGGGCUGUCGCAUAUGGCCUGGCUACGAUGCUGGAUGACCAGAGAAUAAAGGAGAAGAAGCUGAUGAUCGGCACUACUCUCAUUGUAGUGUACUUCACUGUCAUUCUUCAGGGAGUAACGAUGAAACCUUUUGUCACGUGGCUUAAAGUAAAGAGAGCUGCAGUGGCGGAGGUCACACUCAUAGAAAAAGUGCAGAACAAGGUGUUUGAACACUCGCUUGUUGCCAUAGAAGAUAUAUCUGGACAAAUAGGAGAUAACUACCUGAGGGGCAAGUGGAAAAUAUUUGAGGAGAAGUGGAUGUCAAGGUUUUUGUUGACGUCGGAGGCGAGGAAGAAACAGGACUACAUUUUCAACGUCUUCCAUCAGCUGAACCUCAAGGAUGCCGUGGACUACGUGGAUGAGGGUGAACGUAGAGGCUCUUUGGAGUUUGUCCGCAAUGAAUCUGCAUUCAUCAACUUCAAGAAGAAGUUAGGUGACGAAUUCUCAGAGGUCCUGCCUGACAUCAUGGCUGCUGCAUCAGAUGAUCCCGAUGCUAUGAGAAGAGACCCUGUGUCCUCAGUGAGCCUGCAAAUGCAUGAGAAGACCAUGCAGGGUACGAGGGAAACAGAGGACAUCGAUGCUCAUCACCUGCUGCAACAGCAUCUGUACAAGGGCAGGAAACAGCACUUGCACAGGUACAGCCGGAACCAUUUAGAUAUCAACACAGAUGAUAAUGAGGUGCAGGAGAUCUUCCAGAGGACCAUGAGAAACCGUUUGGAGUCCUUUAAGUCUGCAAAGAUGGGCCUUGCUCCAGCAAAGACGAUAACCAAGCACACAAAGAAAGACCAGCAACAGAAGAUGCCAAAUGGGAAAUCAACGGACACAAGUAAAAACUACUAUGCUAAUAAUGAAGGUUUUGAGUUGUCAGAGGGAGACAAUGCCUCUGGCUCAGAGGCAUCAGGUGGUUCAUUCCCCUUCAGGGUCAACUACAAAGCAGGAGCUGGAAUUGAGAAUCCAACCUUCAUGCCAGACCCGGACCCUAUGGCACCGAUGCAGAUCCCUCCGUGGCAGGCGGAGGACGAGCCCGAUGGCAGCACAGUGAGUCCUUCGCAGCGGGCCCAGGUGAGGCUGCCGUGGACACCCACCAACCUGCGCCGCCUGGCUCCUCUACGCAUCAGCACUCAGUCCACCGACUCCUUUGCACAGGCCGACACUCCUGCCUCACAGGAGAAGGACAAGAAGUGGCCGCCUCCACCACCACCUCCCUCUGACAAGUAGCAGCAUCCCAUCCCUUCUUCAUCUCCCUUUAACCUGGCUGCCUAAAGACACAGAACAUAACCUCAGACUUUGCACAGUCUACUCUCAAAAUUUUGACUAGGGAAAUAAUGCCAUGCCAUUGCUUACCGGUAAUCUUACUUCUGUGUCUGUAGACAAAACAUUCCCAGUCUCACAACUGCCCUGUGCCCUUCUCUUCAGCUUCUGUUUGUUGCUCUAACUUCAGCAAAGGGGAGGCUGCACGUAAAGCCAGAGAUCCUGUAUGCACAGUAGCAAGUUAUUUACUAGCACACAUCGAACAUCAUCACAUUCUCUGCUCUGGUUCAUAGUAACAUUGCAAAUCAGUCCCUAUGAAGUAUCUCAUCCCUGAAUGUUAUGCAAAAACAUUUUUCGAAAAAGUAGAUACUUAUGUAUUGUGUUGUAUUAUGAAGAUGAUACAUUUAAUUAGAGUGAUAUGAAAAUAAUUGCAGCUCUUUAAUCUUAAUAUAACAUUUUUGUGUGUUUCGUCAUAUGUUUCAGAACAGCACUUGAGGUCAAAUAUUAAACUUGAAAAUAAGACCAUUGUAAAAAUGUCUAUGAAAGACACAUUAUAUUUAUUCACAAAUGAAGUUUGUGUGGACAAUAUAACCAUCUCAAAUCUGUGCACAAGUGAACGGGUAUAUAUAUUUUUAUGUUCCUCUAACAAAGAGCACUUUGACUGACUUUGGUUUUUAACUGUAUGGAUUGAAAAUAUGGAUUUGGAAAUAAAAAUUAAGUAUUUGUGGAGUCA